CGUCGCCCGUGAAUGGGACAAGUUCACAAGGCGGCAACGCUGGCCGCGAUCGAGACGGCAGCACGCGGACACCGCACGCGCGAGCGGGAAGGCGCAAUUGCUGCGGACGGUCCGAAUUACCGCUGCUUUUUGUUUUGAGGCGAUUCAACGUUCCAGUUGCACGGCAGCCGGCGCACGAGUCGUUCGUUCGCGUUGAAUGCUCGUAGUGAGUGCAGAAUGUGCGGAUCGCAUUUCGACACGCGCCGCUCACGAUCGUGUUCGCUCCGAUAACAUCUGCAAAAUUCGAUAUAUAGCUCAUGUCGACGCGAUAGUGGCUCAUUUCGCGUGAUGCGCCCGUAUCGGCCAUGUGAUCGAUCGAAAGUGAACAGAGUGUUUGCCCGCUAAUGUCUACCCCUUGCGACGGAAAAGGGAUAAAGAGUAUAUUCGUGGAAUGUACCUUUUCUCGAAGUGUGUCAGUGGUCGCUGGUAAAGGCGGGUCGCGAUGCCGCGGAGGAGCAGGUGGAUGCACCUGGUGGCCGGCGUCGUCGCCGGCGUCACCCUCGGGGUCUUCCUCAAACUAUGUUUAAAAACAUCUUCGCGGACUUCAAUCCAGGCAUGUCCUGAAGCUGGGAAACUGUACGUGGAUCCGGAUCCACUGAGUAUCAUAGGUUUAAGGUCCGAGGAGACAGUGGAGAAUUCUAACAGAACUCUAGUGUUUGUGGGCGUGAUGACCGCGGAGCAGUACCUGGAGUCGCGCGCACGGGCUGUAUACGACACGUGGGCGCAGGAUCUGCCCGGCCGCAUCGCGUUCUUCAGCUCGGAGGUGUCGCGAGCUCCUGGCCUGCCGCUGGUGCCGUUGCGCUUCGUGGACGACAGCUACCCGCCGCAGAAGAAGUCGUUCCUGAUGCUCCUAUACAUGUACGAGAAGUACGGGGAUAGGUUCGAGUGGUUCAUGCGUGCGGACGAUGAUGUGUACGUGCGCGGCGACAAGUUGGGCGAGUUCCUGCGUUCGGUGGACAGCCGCAAGCCGCAGUUCAUCGGGCAAGCGGGGCGCGGCACGGCGGCGGAGCGCGACGCGCUGGCGCUAGAAUACAACGAGAACUUCUGUAUGGGUGGGCCCGGCGUGCUCAUCUCGCGUGAGACGCUGCGCCGCGUCGCGCCGCACGUGAAGUACUGCCUCAAGCACCUCUACACCACGCAUGAAGACGUCGAGCUGGGCCGUUGUGUCGCCAAGUUCGCCGGCGUCUCCUGCACAUGGAGCUACGAU